ACCGGUCUAGUACACCUCGGCUCCAACAAAGUGGUCGAGGCUACUGACAUAUGUGUAUCUAUUGUCUAGACUUCCUUGUUCGCAUCCCUGCUCCCGUUCUUGGCUCUUUAAACGACGGUUCCCUUAACCCGUUAUCGACUGAGGGCAGAACAAAAGGGAGAUCUCAGCUGAUUGCAACUUGAUAAAAAAUUAAGACAGUAAAUUGUUCGCCAUCUUGGCGAGAACUCAACCUCAAUCAAUCGCACGUUUAUAAAAAGAAGAAAAUUAUACACAUAGUGGGACACAAUUAAAUUGAAUAUAAUCCAAUAUGAAUUCUUUAACGAAGCAGUUUCUUUGCUGUACCGCGCUAACAAAAUUGGAUUUUACGGACGAAUAUGAAAAUUGUUCUCUCACUGUGAAUAUUCAAAAGCAAAUUUUAGAUAACACAAUAAAUAGCGACUUGGUUAAGCGGUAUCCACUAAAAGUGUCGUAUCAGAGAGCAUUUUUAAAAUUACUUAUGGAAAAGAUAGAGAAAAGUGGUAAUGAAAUUCAUGAUGACUUAUACAUAGCAUAUUGUAGAUUAGUAUCAAUAUCUGAUGAAGAAUCUGUACAUUAUCGCCACUUUUUAAUAGAAAAUGGAUCAUUAAAUUGCGUUACACUGAAAGAAAGUACAAAUAUAAUUUCUAACGGUACUACAGGUUUGUGCAGUUGGCAGGGUGCUUUAGUAUUGAGCAAAUGGUGUGCAAAAAAUAUAGACUACUUUUCUGGAAAAACUGUACUAGAACUUGGUUGUGGAGUCGGCUUAGCUGGCAUCAGCAUUAUUAGCACAUGCUCUCCGAAACAGUAUGUUUUUUCUGACGGUCAUCAAGAAGUACUCCGUAUGCUCUGUGAGAAUAUAAAACUGAAUCUUUUAUCCCACAAACAAUGUAAGCUACUAAAUGUUUGCGAUGUGACAUCACUGCCGAAAUUGCAGUUGAGCUAUGAACAUACUGAUAUUCGAGUAGUAGAAUUAAAAUGGGAAGACAUUGGUAAAUAUAUAAAAGAGACUUCAUCACAGCCUGAUGUAAUUAUCGGUGCUGAUAUUCUCUACGAGAGCAGUUCAUUUGACUCGUUAAUACUGGGAUUAAAAAAUCUUCUGACAUCAAACAAUUGUGCCGUGAUUGCUGCGACAGUUCGUAAUGAAGACACUGUUUCGCAAUUUUUGGAUCAAUUAGGAAAUUGUAAUCUCACUUUUGAGGAGUGUAUUCCACCAAAGCGGAUAGCAUCAAUACAAUCAAUUGACUCGCCUGUUCGAAUAUUGAGGAUUUUUCAGAAUACUUAACAUUAUUU